AUGCAGAUGUACAUUUACUUCAGCUUUGCACCACUUGAAAUUUCAGAUAGUGUUUUGGUAACAGUAGCCGUGUCAACGACAUGUAUAGCUGUUUUCAUUGUAAUAGUUAUAAUAGUAAUAUUGCAUUUACGAAAACAAGGCAAACGAGAAAAACAAAUGUAUCUGUCUCGUCUAGACUACAUAGAUGAUGACAGUGAUGAUGAACUGAUAACCAGUAUGGAACCAGUAGAUGUUUUUGUUAACAGUAAUGAACCAACAUUUGUUUACACAAACCAAAACCAGGGACCAGUAGUUACCUUCAAAAAUGAUCAAUACUGAAAACAAAACUACAACUGAUUGAGAUCUCUUUUUAUGUUAAUUGUCUUUGUAAUGUUUUAUG